AUGUCUGGUCAAAUGGUAAAUUUUGAAAAAUCAGCCGUGUACUUUAGUAGGAAUACUCCUUCACAUGUCAGAGAAGAAGUGUGUCAUGAGCUAGGCAACAUGAGGGAAGCUGGUAGUGGCAGAUACUUGGGUCUACCAAUGGCUAUAGGUAGAUCAAAAAAUCAAGUGUUUAGGUAUAUCAAGAGCUCAGUCAGGAACAAAAUGAAAGGCUGGAAAAACAAAAUAUUGAGCUCAGCUGGAAAGGAAGUGAUGAUCAAGGCAGUGAUUCAAGCGAUGCCCAACUAUGCUAUGGCUUGCUUUAAAUUGCCUAAGGGGUUGUGUAAGGAUAUAUGCAAGGGUAUUGCGAACUUCUGGUGGGGAAGCUCACAACAAGAUAGGAAAAUGCAUUGGAUAAGCUGGAAGCAAUUGUCAGAAGUAAAAGGAAAGGGGGGUUUGGGAUUCAAAGAUUUGGAAGCAUUUAAUGAAGCCUUACUUGCUAAGCAGCUUUGGAGAAUUAUCUCUUUCCCAAAUCUACUUAUGAGUAAGGUGCUCAGAGCUAAGUAUCUAUAG